CAAAGUAAUGAAUAAAAGUGAGAUCCGGAACAAAACGCUGCAGCGCUGUCAUUUGAGAGGAGAUCCAGAGGGACCUGGUUCCUGGUGCUGAUGCAGAAUUUAGCCACGUGUCUAGCACUCGUGCAGGAACCCAAUUAAUCAGAAAUGGAGGACCGGUUCAAACCAGUAAGAGCUUCAAAAACAAAAUGGAUGUAAAACAGCAGAUCUGAGAUUAAAAGGAACCACGGUGGCGGAAAGCAGGAACGUUUCCUACCGCCACGUUUGGACCUAAGGAGAACCAACACGUCCUUUCGGACUUUACUUCGCCGCCAGCAGCAAACUUCAAGGGUUUAUUGACAUACAGAAGAAGAAGAAAGUUUGUCGCUCUCGCCUCUGCGGUCCCUCGCGGGGAACCGUCCGUCUCCAUGGUAACGGUGCUGCCGCCAUAGCUCGGCGGUUUCCGCGGAUCUUCUCGGUUUUCUUCUUCGCCUAACGAUGGACUACCGGUACCGCUGACCUGGACCCGGUCCGUCAGGGGUUCUGGCUUCUGGGAGCUUCUUCUUUACCGGAAACCACCACCGAGAGGUCGCUGGUUCGAGUCCGGGCGGAGGAAUCUGGACAUUUGGAUCUUAAUGCGUUACCUGGACUGGCUGGUUCGGGUCAGGAUUCGGGAGGUUCGGUUUCCUGGAUGUUCCUGUGGCGAAGAGACGCAGCAUGCAGGUUCUGCCCAUCUGGGGGCUUGCCGUCCCCCUCCCUGCAGUGAUGAUGAUCACCAUCAGCCUUUACAUGGUCCUCCUGGGGGUCGGGUUGUGGAUCCGGUCAUGUCUGAAGGACUACUGCUCCCUCGGCUGUGGCGCCUGCUGUCCAGACGUCUCCGUGUGUGAGCAGUGCUUCAGGCUGGCCGAGGCGUGUGACUGCCGUCUGCCCGCCAUCAGCUCCUUCCUGCCCGCUUCAUUCUCCUCGCCUUCUAAACCCUCAGGUAGGAACGCCUCUACACCCGCGGUCACCAACUGGCUUGUAGAGCUGUAAUUGCAUCAACAUGGACUGCGCCUGCACCUGCCAGCCUCCGGACUGCCAAUCCUGCAACUGCCUCUGCUUCGAGAUCAGGAUCAAGUAGGAUGGAGGAGCGGUGCUGAUCCAUUUGGAGGUUCCUGUCAAAUACUGACAUGGAGCAAUGGAACCGUAGUUUUGGACUAUUUUACAAACUGUUUUUACUGAACGACAACGUGAGCCGCUGUCACUGGCUCAGCCUGAGAUUAAUAAAACGCUUCACUGCUGACUUUAGUGGUGAUAAAAUAAUUAA